CAUUCUGCUGCAGGAUACUUGAUCUAUAAGUAGAGGAAGUUCCAGGCUCCACAGUCCACACAUCUUCCCAUCAAAUUCUCAGGUUCUCUGCUUUCCAACAUCACAUAGUAAUGGCAGCAAGUCAGCCUUUCCAUGCUCGAUCCAUCAGUCUACCAUCUAGAGAUCACCCCUCCAUUCUCAAAACUGAGGAAGAACUGAGAAAGCUCAGGUCUUUUAUGGCUCAAUCCUCUUUAACAUCACUUAUGAUAGUGGAUGGGCUGAAGGGGCUUGGGGGUUUGUAUGAGUGCAUCAAUGAGCUUCUUCACUCGCCUAGCAGCAAUCAGCACUUCUCCAGUCAACAACAGAAGAAAUGGAUGGAAGUAGAGUUGGCUGACUCUAUCAAGCUGUUGGAAUUGAUUGGUGCCCUGAGAGAUCACGUGCAACAAAUAAAAGACCAAAUUAGAGACCAUGAAAUUGCCCUUCGAAGACGAGGGGCAGUGACCAAAAGCAAGAUACAGACUCACAUCCUUUCUGAUAAAAAGUUGCUGAAGAAUAUUCAGAAUUGCUUCAGAUCACUGAAGCAUAUGGAUGAAAAAGAUGCCUUCAGCUGCACAGGAGGUGAGCAAUUCGGUCCCUGUAAGGCGAGCAAAAUUCUGAAGGAAGUGAGAUUGUUCGCUAUUUCUCUUCUUCAGUUCGUCUUCAACUUUUUGUCCCUGCCAAGGCCAAAAACCAAAACCAGCAGAUGGUCUCUUAUCUCAAAGGCAUUGCAGAACAGGAAAGUAACAUGUGAGGGUGAGUAUGAGGAUGUUAAAGAUGAAGCGACGACACGUUACCAAUUGCAAAUGUCUGAAAACAGCAUCAGACAUUUGGAAGAAGGAUUAGAUUCCUUGUAUAGAAGCAUAAUCCAAAACAGAGUUGCUUUUCUUAACUUCUUCAGUUUGUAA